UCGCUCCUCGCCCAUCAUGGAGACCGUCAUGGACACGACCCAGGAGAGCCCGCGGCAGCGGCGUAACCGAAAGGUCAACACGUGUGACGAGUGCCGGGUCCUGAAGCGGAAAUGCAACCGCGCCCGCCCCUGCUCCAACUGCCAGAAGACGGGCCGCCACUGCGUCUUCUCGGCCGCCCUCUCGAGCCUCGGCGUGCCGCCGCCGGGCCCCGUCGCCGGCCCGUCGGCUCACCUGACAGCCCCGCGCGGUUCCGGGCCCGCGCCGAGCCGCCCUGCCGUCGUGCCGGCCGCGCCUACGUCCCUCCCCCAUGACCGACGCCAGACCCGCCAGCCUCAUAGCCACACACCGCCCGACAUAUGCCUCCGUAUCGGGAGACUGACCAUCACGGACAGGGUAGAGGGUCUGCCGAGGGCGGGCUUGGUGGGCGAACUCGAUGCGCUGCUGCACCGUCUCGGCUUCGGCUUCCCCGGCGCCGAGCCGGUCGACUGCUUCGCCGCCCCCAUCGCGUCCUGGUUCAAACCCCACACGCAAGCCCCGUUCCUGCGACUGCUCAACGCACCGGCGUGGCCGGAAAGUGGCGAUCCUCUGCAACCCGCGGGCACUUUUGCCUUGUCGUCGGCCCAGGAGAGCAGCUUGUUUGACCGUUACUUCCUUUCAGUUUAUCCGGUUUGCCCUCUGGUCUUGCCUGGCGACCUCGGUCCCGUCCCUUCAGAGGCGAGAUGCGCCGGCGACGGGCAUGGGAGCAGCGGGAUGGGCGACGACGGUCUUCGCGAUGACGACCCCGUGGCGGUUGCCCUCCGCGCGGCCGUCUCGUAUGCCGCGGCCGUCAGCAUGCCGCCCCUGGAGACCCAACGCGUCUUUGGCCUACCCAAGCCCUCGCUUGUGCGCUGGCUCCAGACGGCCACCGAGGAUGCGAUAUCGAGCUCGAACGGCUUCGCCGCCAGCCUGGACCUGCGCUCCUUUCAAGCCAUCUUGAUAUACCUGACCCCGCAGAUGCUCAGCGAGGUGUCGCGGACCCACGCUGUCCUGGUCUCCGCCGUCACGCGCCAGUUCCAGCUCGCCGGCCUCGACCGCGGCCUGGACGGCGGCGCCCGGGAUAACCCUGGCGGGCAGGGCCCCGCCGAGGAGCCCGGGGGCCGCCGGCUGACCAGGCUGCACUGCUGGCAGCACCUGCUCUUCCUCAACAUCCGCGCCACCGAAGCGGUCGGUCCGGAGCGCUCGCUGUUCGAGGACCCGGAAGCAGCCAUGCCGUGGCCCGACCCCGGCGCUCGGGGGCGGGACAUGGUGGCCCUGGUCCGCUACGAAUGCUACCAGAUACAUCGCUUCGUCGUCCGGCAGCGCCAGAACGUGCUUCGCGGGACCCUUACGCUGCGCGGCUGCCUCGACAUGCUGGACGAGCGGGUGCGACGUGUGCGGAGCAACUUGAUUGAUGGAUUGGAGGAUGACGUUCCGAUACAAAAAUACGCCAGGCUCGUGGGGAACCUGCUGCUCGCUCGCUCGCGCUGCAUGCUUCUCCACAACGUCAACGCCAAGUUGCUGGAAUGGGCAAGAUCUCCCCAGACCAGGAAGCUCAGGGACAUUCUGAUACAGCACAGCCUCGAGGUCAUCGAGACAGGCGUUACCCUCGAGACGGACCCCGAACUGGCGCACUGGUCGUGGUACGCCGGCGCCUACCACCAAUACCACUCGCUCCUGUUCCCGCUCGUGCAGGUAUGCGUGGAUCCGGACCACCCACUCGCCGACAGGGUCAUGGCCGUCGCGGACCACGUCUUCGGCCCCUCGUCGCCGUCGGGCCGUCCCCAGCAGCGCGCCGUGGCUAUCCUGCGCGCCGUGAAGCAGAAUCUCGAGUCCUUCCUGGCGGCCAUCGAAGCUCCUCCACAGGAGCCCCUACAGCCACUCUACUUUUCCCCGCUGCCGAUCCGCCAGGCGCCGCAGCACGCGGACGCGACCCCGUUUCCGUCGCAGAACCAGCACCUUUUGCCGCACUUGACGUCGCCCGAGUACCUGGCAGAGCCCAUACCCGGCAUUCAGGGGCCGGGGCUCGGGCUCGACCACCAACACCACCAGCACCACCACCAUCACCUGGCCUCGCCAUCGCCGCCCGUGAUGGGAGGCGGCGGCCGCCCCGCAUUCAAAGAUGUUGAUUCGUUUGGUCAGCGGUUUUUGGGGGACAUUGACCACGGCAGCAGUACAGAUUCGCACGUCACAGCGGGGGACACCGCCGGGGUCGGAGGCGGGGAGGAGCACGUGGCCGGUCUCAGCGUCGACGACGUGGCGGAAGCGGGCGAGGGGUACGGUUGGUGGCCCUGGCCCCCGCAGGAGUGGUGGCCAUGACGUGGAGGGCCGGGGCGGCAGAGUGGACUGAUGUUGCGCCUUGCCCGAAACGGACGAGUGAGCGGGAGAUAACCAUUUUCCAGGUACGAAUCCUUCAAUUCGUAUCUCAAAUCGUUACGUCCCGCAGUUGCUAUUAAUGUUAGAUGCAGGUAAGCGGGCAAGCUGAUCACAUGCACUCCCCAAGCCAAAAAUAGUCUUUGUGAGAUCCUGUGAGGGUCGAAAUGAAAUGACGUCUCCCCAG